AUGCGUCUUUUGGCAUGCGUCACAAUAGACGAACAGCACAGCCGACUGUGCGGAAUCCGGAUUCCGAACCGACCUUUGGCCAUUCUCUUGGCCCUUUUUCAGUUGACUGUUUCUGUGGCUUCAUUUUUGCAGGUUAUUAAAGUUACCAAGUUCACUACUGUGAAGUGUGCUAGAGAGAAGCAUUACUUGAGAACGCCAGAGUGGUCCUUAUAGCGGUCAUGGGGAGAAACCCCUAUAGGGGUUGUAGGACUGAACCUUAAGCCCUUGAGCUUAAGUGAUCAUUAAAGUGGUUUUUGAACUUUUUGUUGUGAUUUUAAGGUUAAAAAGACCUAUUUUAUGCCUGAUCCAUUAAUCUUAUAAUUUUAAGGGGUCCCUAUAGGGGUUUGAGGUCUGAACCUUAAGCCCUUAAGCUUAAAUGGUCCCUAAAGUGGUCUUUGAAUUUUCAUUAUGCUUUUAAGGUUAGAAAGACCUAACCCACUGAUCUUCUUUUGAUAUUUUUUCUUUCAAAAACGCCAAUUUAUAGUGAUUUCUUUGCUUGAGGGGUCCCUAGAGGGGUCUUAAAUGUUUCUUCUCAUAGAGUUCAUAUCAAUAAACGACUCUCAUGCUCCCCCUGUGGGGGUCACUAAUUAAAACCUCUAUAGGGAAAACUUAUGAAAGCCUUAGGUUUCCCGAUAGAGGGAGCAUUGCUCCUAGUAUUGCCCCUAUAGGGACCACUUUGGAGUAUUUGAGUAGUUUUGGGAUCGGCUGAAAGCUUGUCAGAAGAAGUAAAGCCAAAAGAAAAAAAUCAGGAAAAACCAAAAAAAAAAACAGCUAGACAUUUCAUUGAAACUGCGCUCUAUGGAUAACUCAUCAACCCUGAAUUAGGAAAAAGUCUGAUUUCAGCACGCGUUCUCCUACUACAAGCAUGGCCACGUGUUCCUCUGCAACUCGAAUAUUUUUCUACAUAAUGCGACUUUUGAGGUACCUAAUCCAAUCGAUUGAUAGUCUGUUCAAUUUUGAAUGUCAAAUGACUUCAUUGGCUUGUUCUCUGAUUGGUUUAUCGCGUCAUUAGGGGCGGAGCUUGAGCAACAACUUGACAAUUAGAAUCUGAACGGACUAGUCAGCUUGAGCUUAUUUUUCGAGAACUGGAUAGAAAUGAAGAAGUUCCAUAUUUAGGUCCACAUUUUGGCGCACGACGUUAUAAUUUUCGAUUUCGGAUUGAUGCACCGGGUUCUGGGAACGGAUGCCUGCGUCGCUAAUUAUCUCGGUGAGUAAGCCAGAAAUUAAUUUCAUGAAAACAAGGAUCGGCUGAUAAUCAUAAGGGGCGAAAACAUUGGAAUUAUUUUUUUAUUCAUUUAUUUUUGGCCUUCUAUAGUCCGUUUUUCGUAACUUGAAAAGGCGGGACCUCUUUGCGCCCUCCUCGUCUCUCGAAGUCUCUCUCAUCUUUACGUACUACUUCCAUGUUUCUCUUACCUCGCCGGUGAGGGAACAGAGAGACGCAGACACGCGAAGUCGCGGCGGACGGCCUAUAAUUGGGGAUAGCAUAAUUUUUCAUAAGCCUAACUUGAAAAAAAGUAUCGUCUCUCUGCGCCUCCUGGUUCGCGUGCUAUUUUCAAGCUUCUAUGACCUUGCCGGUGAGAAAAAAGAGACGCAGACACGUCAAAUUUUUUGAAUUACAAACUUCGGCAAAAUUUAAGAAAAAUAUCUAUGAAUACCUGAAAAGGUGAAUUCUAUCCCGAUAACGAAAAACUCAACCCGUUGCGGGCGCGCUUGAACCGGUUCGGUUUUUUAAAGGGUUGUACUUUUGCGCCCGACCAAAAUCUCCUUGCGCACAGCGGCAUCCGAUAAUAAAUAAAGAGAGUCCUCUAAAGUCGGGAGCGGCUGUAGGCUGAGUAUAGUCUGCUCAGAUUUCGAAUGUCAAGUACAAUGACGUCAUUCGAAAACGCUCUGUGGAUGGCUCGCUCUCUGAUUGGUUUUCAGGAGAAUUAGGGGCGGAGCUUGAGCGACAACUUGACAUUAUGAACAGACUAUUCUAUACAUGCUGUUUCAAGCCUCAGACCAUGACCUUUAAGCCUUCAAACAACGACUUUUCGAGUAAAUAGGCUCAACGUCUUCAAAAAAUCUUUCAGAUGGAGGUUACAUGCGAUUCGCCUGGACCAUCGAACAAUCUUCGGCCCUGACCCUCAGCAUAGUUUCCCUAGCCUUUCUUCCCAAACCUCUUUGGCUCCUUUGGCCAGGUCUGACAAUCCAGAAGAUCCAUGAAUUUGGAGGCUUUCAGGGCUUCUGAUGCAGUCCUCGUACUCCCUCGGCUUAUCGGUACUGACGAUGGCGACGGCCCCGAAAAUCCUGGAAGCUCUUGGAGGGAGGAUCGACAUGCAUUUGGCUGUCAUCUUUUCCAUUUAUGUUUUUGGGUGGGUUUCAAAACUGGAAUGGAGUUUCAAGAGUUUCUGUAAAUUUUAAAAUUUCUCAAAGUCAAAAAAAAUUUUUUGAUUCCGAUGAAACUUAAUCCAGUGUAAUGACAUAUCAUCAGAAAUGCGGACUAUUUUUGAGCCAUUCCCUCUUACUGUAGCCGGGUUACGGUAUACCCCCUGCGUAUCUAAGAAUUAAUGAUUUUUUAAUGGGCAAGUUGUAUAUCAAUCGAUAGGUAAUGCAAUUUCAGAAACUUUUUCAGUACGUACCAUUUUGGGUUACUGUAGAAUUUUUUCGAGAUACGGUAUUUUUUGUGUUUGGGAGGUUGGUUUUUUGGUCUUCAAUUUUUAUUUUCCCUCCAGAUUUGCUUUUAAAGGAGCAUGAUGCCCAGUAAAAUGCGAAAAUGCUCUUCGUUUCGAGACCUUUAUGAAAAAUUUUCAGAUUCUGCAUAAACUGGAUGUUCACGUUCGUCCUGUGGCAUUACUACUGGUACCGGGAGCGGAUAUUUUCUCGGCCUCCGGCGGCUCAACUUUGA